UCGGGUCGGUGGUGGCACCGCGGGGCACCGGGGGGCACCGUGGGGGCCCGGCUGCACGGAUGGCUGCUCCGCGUGGGCUCCCGCAGCUGCGGGUGCUGGAGGAGGCGCUGGGCAUCGGCUUGUCGUCCUCGGGCGACACGGCGGCGGCGGCGGCGGCGGCGGCGGCGGAGCCGGUGGCCACCGAUGGUGCCUACUACCUGGAGCAGGUCACCAUAACUGAUGCUUCUGAAGAUGACUGUGACUAUGAAGAGAUACCAGAUGACAAUUUCAGCAUUCCAGAAGGAGAAGAAGAUCUGGCAAAAGCAAUUCACAUGGUUCAAGAGCAGGCUACAGAUGUUCAGAUUCUGGAGCAGAAAACAGUUCUUCCUUCAAGGCAGGUGGUACAUGAAGCCAUAGAAGACUUUCUCUGUAAUUUCCUCAUCAGAAUGGGAAUGACCAGAACUCUGAACUGCUUUCAGGCUGAAUGGUACGAGUUAAUACAGAAGAGAGGGACUGAUUUUCGAGGACUCGGGAAUGUUCCUGAUGUUUACAGCCAGGUGAUGCAUUUAGAAAGUGAGAACAAAAACCUGAAGAAAGAUUUGAAACACUUCAAACAGGCAGCUGAAAAGGCCGGAGAAGAUCUGCUGAAAACUCAGAAGGAACGGGACUUCCAUCGCAUGCAUCAUAAGCGCAUCAUGCAAGAAAAGAACAAGCUGAUCACUGACCUCAAAGGGCUGAAACUGCAUUAUGCAUCUUAUGAGCCAACGAUUAGGGUGUUACAUGAGAAGCACCAUGCUUUACUGAAAGAGAAGAUGCUGACCUCCUUGGAAAAAGACCGAGCUGUUGGGAAGAUUUCUGGGCUUCAAGCAACACUGAAGAACAUAGAUGUAGGGCAUAUUCAGGCACCUUUAAUCAAAGUUGGUCACAGUUGUGAGAAAGAAUACGAGUCAGAAAGCCCUACUCAGAAAUGCCCUUAUGAAGCCAGGGAAGAAAAUGGACAUAAACCAAAGAUAAAGAAUGAAAGAAAGGCCUCCUUCAACAGAAUCCAAGAUUGUGCUAAUACAGUCAGUACAAGACCAUCGCUUUGCCCAACUCCAUGCCUCUGUCAGCAGGAGUGGAGAGGAACCUCUCAAACUUGGAAUAAGACCACACCUCAGCAGGGCUCCAUUAGCAAAAGACAGCAGAGUACAGGGACACCCAGAAUAAGACCACCCAAGUCAUCUUGUCUCUAUCAGCCUGCGUCAAGUGGAAGAUUCUGAGCAAUACAUCUUCCUUGGCUUUCCUUCCUUCAUCCUGUCUUUUUAUCAUUACCCUUGCUCUUCUUCUUUGUUCUUUCUGGACUUCUGAAGGAGCCCAAGAUUCCCAGCUCAUCAUUUACUGUCAGAACUUUAAUCUCACCGUAUCACCCUUUCUGACCAAUCAGUCUCUAUUUCCCUAACUCCUGAAACUGUAGUACUCAAUGGACUCCAGUUGAGUUUUCUUGUUCUGCUGUAGUGCCCCCUCUGUCCUGUGCUGCUGGAAAUCAUCUAGUUGCUCCUAGUCAGAGCUGUCAGCCAGUGGAGUCCUAGCAAGUGGUUAGCAGUCAGUUCUUUAAAGAGAGGCAUGGGGUGGGCAUGACAGUGUUAGAAAUACAGUUCAGCAGUUGAAGCUACAAUCUAACUCUACUGAUUUGAGUUGGAAACUGGUGCUCACACUCAGGCUCUUGAGGCAGCUCCAGCACACCAUGUCUGAAAGCACCAUUAGAAGUGAGU